GUCUAUGGCUUUCCUCUCCCCGCCCCUUCCUCCGGGUGCCAAAAAUACCUCCUGCCCCAGAAGACGAGCAUCGGGGCGGCGUGAGAAGCUUCUGGUGCCCCGGACGCGAGGUUAUUAAUACCCUUGGACACGCGGCGGCUCGGGACACACUGGACAGCCGCUGAGAGGGGAGAGACGUGAGGUAUUACAGGUGACUUGAGUGACUUGUGUUGUGGCAUCAAGCGAGGACAGAGGUAGACCACAGACAUGGGAGGUCAGAGCAAGACUGAACCCACACCGCAGGAGCUGAAGGAGCAGGGGAACCAGGCCUACAAGGAUGGCGACUGGGAUAAGGCCCUCGAGAAGUACACACAGGCCAUCAAGAUCAGCACCGAGGAGAGGGACAAGGCAGUGCUGUACAAAAACCGCGCUGCCGUCCACCUGAAGUGUGAGGAGUACGAGCAGACAGUGAAGGACUGCACAGAAUGCCUGGAGCUCACUCCAAAGGACCCCAAGGCACUCUUCCGGCGGGCACAGGCGUACGAGGCACUUGAGCAGACCGAGAAGGCUUACGCCGACGCACGUGCCGUCCAGGGAAUUGACCCCAAGAACAAGGAGGUGCAACAGAUGCUGACGAGACUGCAUAAAGUGGUGCAGGACUUGAUCGAGGAGAAGACCAAGACAUCAGGGAAGGUGCAGCAGCUCUUCGACAUCCUCUUUGACCCCAGCUACGAGAAGGACAAGAGGGAGACCUGCGCCAACAACCUGGUCGCCCUGGCCAAGGAGAGAGCAGGAGCGGAGUUGCUGCUGAGCCAGAACAUCCUCGGGCGCCUGGUGCAGCUGAUGAAGACUGAGAAGAACCUGGAGAUUAGGGUGGCCUGCGCGCGCACCAUCUCCGAGUUCUGCCGCGACAUGGCCAGGGCCAAGAUGGUGCUGGUGGAGGUAGGAAUCCCAUGGCUGAUGGAAUUGAUGAACAGUCACGAUGACCAGCUUGUCAACGCCACGCAGUACACCUUCCAAAUCAUCAUUAACUCGCUCACCGGCAUGGACAUCAAGCUCGAGAAGAAGCCAGACAAACUGUUGAUGCAAGAGAACCAGAAGGAGGUGGACAGCCUGAUGGCGACGAUGGUGAGCAUGAUGACGCAGCGCACCAUGUCACCACAGUGCCGCGACGCCAUCAUCGAGCUCAUCCUCAAGAACGUGCCCUACGAUCGCCUCGACUGGGGGGAUAAGUUCAUCAGGAUGGGAGGCAUUGAGAAGCUGCUGGACAUCGCCUCGGAGCUCCCAGAAUUCAACUUUGAGAGCUGCAUCAAGACCACAGACAACACUCGCAUGACCACCUCCAUCUGCCUCUCCCGCGUGUACGACUCCCAGUGCGACGACAAGGCCCGCCAAGGACUGAGGGACCGCAUCGACGAGUACAUCAGGCUGCGUCUCCUCACCCCGGACCGAGAGCACCAGAUCAGGAUAGUGGUGGCAAUUACGACCCUCCUCCUGGGCCCCCUCGACCUGGGCAACCACCUCAUCGCCAAGGAGGGCAUGCUGGAGAUGAUGCUGGUGAUGGCGGGCUCAGACGACACGCUGCAGCAGAAGGUGUCUUGUGAGGCCCUGAUCGCCGCCGCCUCCAAGAAGGACAAGUGCAAGUCCAUCACCACGCAGGGCACGGACAUCCUCAAGAAGCUGUACCAGAGCAAGGACGACGCCAUCAGGGUGCGUGCGCUGGUGGGCCUCUGCAAGCUGGGCUCCGUGGGGGGCACCGACGCCUCCAUGAAGCCCUUUGGGGAGGGUGCCGCGCUUAAGCUGGCUGAGGCAUGCCGGAGGUUCCUGGUCAACCCAAGCAAGGACAAGGACAUGCGACGUUGGGCGUGCGACGGGCUGUCCUUCCUGACGCUGGACGCUGAGGUGAAGGAGAAGCUGAUUGCUGACCGUGACGCCCUGCACUCCAUGAUUGAGCUGGCCAAGUCUGGAGACAUGAACUGCCUCUAUGGUGUGGUUGCAACGUUCGUCAACCUCUGCAACGCCUACGACAAGCAAGAGGUGAUUCCUGAGAUGGUAGAGCUAGCCAAGUUUGCCAAGCAGCACAUCCCUGAGGACCACGAGCUUGAUGACCAGGACUUUGUGGACAACCGCAUCACCAUCUUGGCGAAGGAAGGGGCCAGCUGGGCGCUCUCGGCUCUCAGUAAGACGGAAAGCCACAGCUCCAAGGAACUUAUUGCCAGAUUGUUCAACGCCCUGUGCUCAUUGCAAGAGAACCGGGGCCUGGUGGUGCAGCAGGGCGGGGUGAAGGCGCUGCUUGGGCUGGCGGCGGAGGGCACGGACAAGGGUAAGACAGUGGCCGCCCAAGCCCUCGCACGCAUCGCCAUCACCAUCAACCCCGAGGUGGCCUUCCCCGGGCAGAGGGCUUACGAGGUGGUUCGGCCGCUCCUCAAGCUGCUUCACCCUGACUGCUCCGCCAUAGAGAACUUUGAGGCACUGAUGGGGCUUACGAAUAUCGCCGGCAUGUCCGAGUCAGCCCGCAAGCGCAUCAUCAAGGAGAAGGGUCUGCCGCUGAUCGAGAACUACAUGUUUGAACACCACGAGAUGAUACGACGGGCGGCUAUUCAGUGCAUGGCGAAUAUGUGCGCCUCAGCCGACAUCAUCAAGAUCCUCGAGGGCAAGAAUGACAAGUUCAAGUACCUGGUCCUGUGCGCGUCGGACGAGGAUGAGGAGAUUGUCAAGGCGGCGGCCGGGGCAAUGUGUAUGGUCAUGUCCGAGUCCACCAUUUGCCUCAACAAGAUAUUUGAUGUGAUGGACUGGGCGGAGAUCCUUCAGUUCCUCCUGUCCAGCGGCAACAAGGAUAUCCAGUACCGCGGCACUGUCAUCGUCUACCUCCUGGCCUGCCACGACAAGACCACCGCCGAGAAGAUCAUCGACACCCACUGCAAGACAGCCCUGCAAGCCAUCGCCAGGAUCGACAACCCCGAGGUGGUGCUGCCCAAAGCGAAGGAGUACGCCCACAACACCCUCAAGCUCUGCGCCACUAAGUGGAAGCUUAUCAAGGACCCCGACGCUCAGGAUGACUAAUCACAACACUCCAAGACAACCAGAUACACAUACAAAGCAAAACAAGGGCUCCAUCACAGACUACUGCCUAAGCUAGUGUUGUGAGAGCCUGGAAGUUUUGCCUGGUCAGAGUGUAGGGCUUUGUACUGCUGUGUUGGGGGGGCAGGGUGAGGAGGGGGGAGGAGGAGUCUUAAUGAUGAAUGGUAAGCGCCAACACUGAGCCUUAGUGGCCACCAGGUUGUGCUCCCCCUUGUGCCAAUCUCCCGGUCUGUGUAAUACUUAAUUUGCUGCGACAUUACCAGCUUGUGUGAGGUAGUGUGCAUGUAUGUCUGCGUGACUGUGCGUUUGAGAGCUUGUAUAUUAGGUGUCAGUUUGAGAGACAUAUGCGAGACUUGGUAAUGGCAGUCACUAAAAAAGGUGUACUUAACAAAUUACCUGUAAAUAUUAUAUAACCGCCAGAAGUCUGUACGAGUGCUUUCAGUGCAGGGCAAUUGUGGGAAUACAAUGCAAAAAAUUAUUGGGGUGCAGGAAAGGGGUAGAUUCAACGUGAAUAAUUCUUUUAGGUGUGAGGCCAUUCAACAUCUGAGUAAAGGAAGGUUGAAUAGGGCAAUUGGGAAGUUUACUCUCUAGGUACGAUGUGGGCAGACUUUGUAGGACAGGUGUGGGUUCUGUGCUGAUAAUUUUUGUGGGUAUAGUGUGAGUGUAAGCAUAAGGGUGUGGGGAGGCUUUGAGGCAAAAUUAAGCCCCUGCACAGACCUCUGACAGGCACUCACAAAACACUGUUGGUCGUGGCCUCAGAAAGCUGCUGCCUCAGUGUGUAUUGUUCAACACGGACACAAACAUUUCUGUGGACCACAAACUGCUGAGAGCCGUGUGCUGCUGAAGUGAAUGGAAAGUAAGACUGUCUUCCUUAACCCUUCCUAUGUAUGUAUGAGGCCUAGUAAGACGAGCGCUCUCUUGCAAUCACACCAAACAUACAUACACAUACAUACAUACAUAAAGAAAUAGCAAUACAAAGAUGUGAAUACUACUUGUUGAUCAAAGUUCCAGUGCCUUGCUAUUUGUUCUAUCGUCUCUGUGGAUGUUUUCUACGUAAUGUUGAAGUGCUUGUUUUACGAGAUGCAACUGUUGAAGUUUUUAAAAAUAUAACUUAUAAAUUUAA